AUGUCAAGAGUAGUUGCGCAGAACUUAUCCCCUUCACCGGCGAGAGAUAGCGUGCCGUUUUUUGAUAGGAGGGAGGCUAUGGAGAUGGAAGGAGUUGAAGCAGCUGCAUCGCCGACGUUGGGACAUCUUUUGAAAGUUUUUGGAGAUAUGCGGAAGGAGGUUACCGGCGAUGAGACACCAACACACCAGGUGGUUGAAAUGAGAGGAAAUGGGAUGGAGCCACGGCCACUUCCGUUUGUUCUGUCGUUCAGUAAUCUCACAUACAGCGUCAAAGUUCGCAGGAAGAUGGCGUGGCCCAGUUUAUUCCAGGUUCGGAACCCCGCAACCGCCGCCGACCCAGUUUCUGGAGAGACGUUUUUUACGAGAACGAAGGUUCUUCUCAAUGAUAUUUCCGGUGAGGCUCGUGACGGGGAAAUCAUGGCAGUCAUGGGGGCCUCCGGUUCGGGAAAAUCAACUUUGAUCGAUGCUUUGGCGAAUCGAAUGGCCAAAGAAAGCUUACAAGGUACUGUCACACUCAACGGCGAGCAAUUGGAAUCCAGUUUACUGAAAGUCAUAUCUGCAUAUGUAAUGCAAGAUGAUCUUUUGUUCCCGAUGCUCACUGUUGAAGAAACUCUAAUGUUUGCUGCUGAAUUCAGACUCCCAAGAACUCUCUCCAAAUCCAAGAAAAAAAUGCGAGUCCAAGCUUUAAUUGAUCAGUUAGGCCUCCGAAAUGCCGCAAAAACCGUCAUAGGAGAUGAAGGCCACCGUGGAGUCUCCGGUGGAGAACGCCGGCGAGUUUCCAUCGGAACUGAUAUUAUUCAUGAUCCCAUUUUGCUGUUUCUUGAUGAGCCAACUUCAGGGCUUGAUUCAACCAGUGCUUACAUGGUGGUGAAGGUUUUACAGAGAAUUGCUCAGAGUGGAAGCAUAGUAGUCAUGUCGAUACACCAGCCCAGUUAUCGGAUUCUUGGAUUGUUGGAUCGAAUGAUCUUUCUGUCCCGAGGACACACUGUUUACAGUGGAUCUCCAUCAAAUCUGCCACUGUUUUUCUCAGAUUUUGGGCACCCGAUACCAGAUAACGAGAAUCGGACAGAGUUUGCACUUGAUCUGAUUCGAGAACUCGAAGGCUCCCCGGGAGGAACCAAAAGUUUGGUUGAAUUCAACAAAACUUGGCAAACGAAAAGCUCAGGCAAUCCUAAUUCAGAAACAACAAUGUUAAUGUCAACAAAUGGUUUAUCAUUAAAAGAAGCAAUCAUUGCAAGUAUUUCCAGAGGUAAGUUGGUUCCUGGUGCUACAAAUGAUGCCACUUCAACAUCUCUUGUUCCGACAUUCGCAAACCCGUUGUGGAUCGAAAUGGCUGUCUUGUCGAACAGAUCCUUUAGAAACUCGCGCAGAAUGCCUGCGCUUUUUGGGGUCCGACUUGGGGCGGUAUUAGUCACCGGAUUUAUUCUAGCCACCAUGUUUUGGCACCUCGAUAAUUCUCCAAAAGGGGUUCAAGAAAGGCUUGGAUUCUUCGCAUUUGCCAUGUCUACAACAUUCUACACUUGCGCAGAUGCUUUGCCUGUUUUCCUCCAAGAAAGGUACAUUUUCAUGAGAGAAACUGCAUACAAUGCUUACAGAAGAUCCUCCUACGUUUUAUCCCAUUCAUUAGUUGCAUUGCCUUCUCUAUUAUUCCUCUCUUUAACCUUCUCUGUAACCACUUUUUGGGCCGUCGGCCUUGACGGUGGAUCAUCAGGUUUCUUGUUCUACUUCUUGAUAAUCUUUGCCUCGUUCUGGGCCGGAAGUUCUUUUGUCACUUUCCUCUCCGGUGUUGUUCCUCACGUAAUGCUCGGUUACACCAUUGUCGUCGCAAUCUUAGCCUAUUUUCUUCUAUUCAGUGGCUUCUUCAUAACCCGGGAUAGAAUCCCAUCUUACUGGAUUUGGUUUCACUACAUCUCCCUUGUCAAAUACCCCUAUGAAGCAGUUCUACAGAACGAAUUCCAAGAUCCCACAAAAUGUUUCGUCCGGGGAGUUCAGAUUUUCGACAACACACCGUUAGCCGCAGUGCCAUUAGCUUUGAAGGAGAAGCUUCUGAAUGGCUUAAGCAGUUCUCUAGGGAUGAAGAUUACAAGCACGACCUGUGUAACUACAGGUACUGAUAUAUUGCAUCAGCAAGGGGUUACUGAUUUGAGCAAAUGGGAUUGUUUGUGGAUUACAAUUGCGUGGGGAUUCUUCUUUAGGAUUCUCUUCUACUUCUCUUUGUUGCUGGGAAGCAAGAACAAGAGAAGGUAA